AUGAUGCGCAUCGCAGCUGUUCAAUUUCAUAUCAAUCACGAAGACAAAGACGAAAACUGGAUACGCAUUGAGCAGUACCUUGCCAAAGCCGCCGAGACCAACGUCGAUCUUGUCGUGUUCCCAGAGUACUUUGUUGGAGGCCCAGGUACCCAUGUUGUGAACAAUGGUGCCCGGAAUCGGUUCUGCGACCUUGCCCGGAAAUACGAAUUAGAUAUUGUCCCUGGGACGGUCAUUGAGAGGGAUCCUCACGACGGUCACCUGUACAACUGUGCUUAUUAUAUUGAUAAAAGUGGGGAAGUGUUACUGGAGUAUCGAAAGGUGCACUUGUGGCACCCCGAACGAGAGUACAUGAAAGGCGGGAAACAUGGAUUUGCCACGGUAAAGAAUCGGUUUGGCAUCACCUUGGGGAUGUGCGUAUGCUGGGAUAUCGCUUUUCCAGAAGGAUUUCGCCAUAUGGUCCUCAAGCACCAUGCUCAACUGGUUAUUGCCCCAGCUUACUGGUCGUUUGAGGAUGCAGGAGAAGUGGGUCAAGGCCAUGAUUCCAUGAGCGAAGCGAAACUGAUCAAUGCGGUAUGCACCGCGCGAGCGUUUGAAAAUGAAAUUUGUAUGGUGUUUGUCAAUGCGGCCAACGAGAGUGAUGUGGAUCGACCUCAACCGUUUGGUCAACUAGCGGGACGCACCCAGAUCACGGUGCCUUUCAAGGGCCCCGUCGCGCAAUGCGACCACAAUCGACAAGAGAUGCUCGUCGCCGACGUUGAUAUCUCUGGACUGACCAACGACGCCGAAAAAGUGUACCAGAUUAGAAAGGAUUGGCGCGAAGGCAAAAUUUUUGGUGGCCAGGCAAAGCAAGAUGUGGAAACCUUUGUCCCACAAGAUAAUUCACACUAA